UUUGUUUAUUAUUUGAGAAUUAUAUUAUAAGAUGUUGGCUUCCUUCCCAAGCCAGGAUCCCAUAUAAAAUCUACAUCAUCUUUUCCAUAACCAUAUAAUCUUCUCAUAUCAAAAACAUCAAUAUUAUUUGUGUUUAUUUAUUUAUUAAUGGCAGCAGCAGCAGCAGGAAAAGGUUCAGUAAAACUUCUAGGCUUGUCAGCAAGUCCGUACGUAAACCGGGUUCAGAUUGCCCUCAAUCUCAAAUCAAUUGAGUAUGAAUAUCUACAAGAAACAUUCGGCACAAAGAGUGAGCUUCUUCUGAAAUCAAACCCGGUUUACAAGAAAAUGCCAGUGAUGAUCCAUGACGAUAAACCCAUAAGCGAAUCCCUUAUCAUAGUACAAUACAUCGACGACCAAUGGUCAUCCUCCGGUCCGACCAUCCUCCCAACCGACCCAUAUGAUCGAGCCAUCGCCCGUUUUUGGGCUGCCUAUGUAGACGACAAGGUGUUCCCUUCUCUGAUAGAGUGUAGCAUGGCAGCGAAGGAUGGAAAAACGGCUAUAUUGGAGAGGAUGAAAGGAGGGUUUUCCUUGUUAGAAGAAGCUUUUGUGAAAUCCAGCAAAGGGAAUUCGGUGUAUUUUGGAGGGGAGAAUAUUGGGUAUUUGGACAUUGCCCUUGGAAGCUUGUUGGGAUGGGUGAAAGCAUGGGAGAAGAUGGCCGAUUUCAAGUUACUAGAAGAAUCCAAUACACCUAAUCUUGUCUUGUGGGCUCAGAGUUUCCUUUCACAUGAGGCUGUUAAGGGUCUUAUCCCCGAGACUGACGAGAUAGUCGGCUUUGCCAUCAAGCUUGCAGCCAUGGCCAAAUCUCAACCUUCAAAUUAAUGUUGUUAAGAGUUUCUUCUUAUAAAAAUGAAAUUAACUAAAUAAAUUGUUGUAAUUUUCUUUUAUUUUAAUUGCAGGGAGGCCUCUUUCUGGUAUCCUUAAUAAUAAUUCAGAGUUUAAAUUA